UCCACUAGGGGGAUAUUUCUGCAACAUCUUUCUAGUUGUAGCCAAAGGAUUUUCUACAAUUUCAACAUUAGCGAAGCGAACAGCACAGUCACAUUGGUUAGAAAGCAACAUGACAUUGUUAAUAAUAUUGCGGCAGUGGAAACGCAAGUCGAGCUAAGAAUAACCAAGACCAGCCCGGGUUGACUGCAGAGUGCCAGGCUGUAGUAGAUAUUGCUGUUUUUCCCCUUGUCGGAUUCGAACCGAGGUACGUUACAACAGGUCUUGCUCUUGGUUUACGACAUUUCUGUUGAGAAAAGACCAUACCACAAACGGACCAUAUUACACGCUUUAGACCGGAUAUAGAAUAGCUGGACCAUUGCACACGCGUUAGACCGGAUAUAUAAUUCCCAGAUUUUGCCCAACCCAGAAACGAGAGAAUUCACCCAUCCUGCGUUAGAAGUUCAGAACAAGAAAGUGUAGGCUAUAUAGAAAUGACUCCCGUUAAAACAUUUUUUUUUAACAAUAAGGAUUUAUAUCAGCCUAAUCGACCUGUAGAUUACUAAUCACGGACGACAGUGUUUGAACUUGAAAAACGGAUGCGUGGGAUUUAUAUAAAUGCAACUCUGCACAUCCAAUGACAAUGCCGGCGAUAGGAAUAAAAUGUAGAGACGCUUGUUGAUUUGACAGCUACAAAGCAGCUACACCUCUUGACACCGCCUAAACACCGAGGUUACCGCGGAUCCAAUUCAACCCUGGCAGGAAUGGAGAAGAGGGGUCAGUGCUCUAAAAUGAGUCUCUCGGGGGAACUUGACACGGAAGCUAACAGUGGAUGGUCUCCUCUGUCAGAGGAUCAGUCCAGGUGUGCAGUGUGUGAGCAGGUGCUGACAGAUCCAGUCUCUAUCACCUGUGGACACCGGUUCUGCAGACGGUGCAUCACCAGACACUGGGAGCAGUCUGCUCCGUCAGGACACUACGACUGUCCUCGGUGUAGAAAGAGGUCCAGGACACGUCCAGUUCUACUGCAACGGGCUGAACCCAACGAUGAAGCGAGAGGCUCUGAAAACAUGGAUGUCAGCCUGCAGAGAGCUAUAGUAAACCAUAAAGACAGUCUGAAGAGAAGGUAUGAAUGUGUGAUAGAAGGCCUGGUAAAUGCAGGGAGUCAAACCCCCCUCAACAGGAUUUACACAGAGCUGUACAUCACAGAGGGAGAGAGUGAAGGGGUUAGCGAUGAACAUGAGGUGUGGCAGCUAGAGACGGCAUGCAGGACACCGACCUCACGUGACACGGCAAUCCACUGCAAUGACCUCUUCAAACCCUUAGCUGGCCAGGAGAGAAGCAUCAGAACUGUGCUGACCAAGGGCAUCGCUGGCAUCGGAAAAACAGUCUCUGUGCAGACGUUCGUCCUCGACUGGGCUGAAGGGAAGGCAAACCAAGAUGUGGAGAUCAUAUUUGUGCUUCCUUUCCGGGAGCUGAACUUGAUCAAAGAUCGCCAGUACAGUCUUCUGAGACUUCUCCAUGCCUUCCACCCAGAACUCGAUAUAGUCAAUGCAGAGACACUCGCUGCCUGUAAAGCUACGUUCAUCUUUGACGGGUUGGAUGAAAGCAGAAUUCCAUUGGAUUUUCAGUGCAACAAAAUGAUGUCUGAUGUCACACGGACAUCGUCUGUAGAUGUUCUGCUGACAAACCUCAUCAAGGGGAAUCUGCUUCCCUCGGCUCUCCUCUGGAUAACCUCCCGACCAGCAGCAACCAAUCAGAUCCCCUCUGAGUGUGUCGACCAGGUGACAGAGGUACGAGGGUUCAACGACCGACAGAAGGAGGAGUACUUCAGGAAAAGAUUCCGUGAUGAUGAUGAUGAGGACCUGGCCAACAGAAUCAUCUCCCACAUUAAGACAUCAAGGAGCCUCCACGUCAUGUGUCACGUGCCAGUUUUCUGUUGGAUUUCUGCAACAGUCCUUGAACACAUGUCGAGGACAGACGAGAGACGAGAGAUGCCCAAGACUCUGACUGAGAUGUUCACACACUUCGUGCUCAUUCACACCAGCCCGAAGAACCAGAAGUGUCAUGGAAAAGACCAAAUGGACCAACAGGAGCUCCUGGAGUCUGAUAAGGAAGCUCUUCUGAAGCUGGGGAAGCUGGCGUUUGAACAUCUGGAGAAGGGUAAUCUCGUGUUCUAUGAAGAAGAUCUGAAAGAGUGUGGCAUUGAUGUCACAGAAGCCUCGGUGUACUCUGGCGUGUGCACACAAGUCUUUAAAGAAGAGUCUGUGUUGUUUCAGAGAGUGGUGUACUGCUUUGUUCAUCUGAGCGUUCAGGAGUUUCUCUCCGCUGUCUACGUGUACCAUUGUUACACAACCAAGAACAUGGAUGAACUGAAGCCCUUCCUCCAGGCGACUAGAGUCACGUCUGAAGAGAUAACCUUACAUGAGCUGCUGAAGAGUACCGCGAAUAAAGCCUUGGAGAGUAAGACUGGACAUCUGGACCUUGUCGUCCGCUUCCUUCACGGCAUGUCACUGGCAGCCAAUCAGAAACUCCUACGAGGUCUGGUGACACAGACGGAAAGCAGUCCAGAGAGCGUCAAGAAAACGAUCCGAUCCCUGAAGACGAUGCAGAAUACCAACAUGUCCCCCGAGAGGUGCAUCAAUCUCUUCCACUGUCUGAUAGAGAUGAAAACCCAUUCAGUACAGCAGGAAAUCGAAAAAUACUUGAGGUCAGAGAAAAGAUCCAAAAACCUGCCACUUACGUACUGUUCAGCGUUGGCCUACAUGCUGCAGAUAUCAGACGAGGUUCUGGAGGCGUUUGACCUGAAGAAAUACAAGACCUCCCAGGAGGGUCGUAGGAGACUGCUGCCAGCUGUGAGAGUCUGCAGGAAGGCUCUACUUGCUGACUGUCAACUCAUAGAAGCAUCGUGUGAACUGUUAGUCUCCUCUCUCAGCUCAAACCCCUCAAACCUGAGAGAGCUGGACAUGAGUAACAAUGACCUGCUGGAUUCAGGAGUGAAGCGGUCUGCUGGACUGGGGGAUUCACCAUGUAAACUGGAGACUCUGAGUCUCUCUGGCUGUAAACUCACAGAAGCAUCCUGUGAAGUGUUGGCCUCAGCUCUCAGUUCCUCCUCACACCUGAGAGAGCUGGAUCUGAGUAACAAUGACCUGCUGGAUUCAGGAGUGAAGCUGCUCUUAGCUGGACGGAGAGAUUCACCAUGUAAACUGGAGACUCUGAGGUUGGCAUUCUGUGAAGUCACAGAGGAAGGCUGUGCUUCUCUGGCCUCAGCUCUGAAGUCAAACCCUUCACACCUGAGAGAGCUGGAUCUGAGUUACAAUCACCCAGGAGACUCGGGAGUCAGACUGCUCUCUGCUGGACUGGAGGAUCCACACUGCAGACUGGAGAAACUCAAUGUGGAACAUGGAGGACAGUACACAAUUAAACACGGGCUUAGAAAAUAUGGCUGUGUGCUCUCGCUGGACCCGAACACAGCAAGCAGAAACCUCUCUCUGUCUGAGGAGAACAGAACGGUGACAUGGAGGACAGAGGAGCAGCCGUAUGCUGAUCACCUGGAGAGAUUUCAGGAUUUCGACCAGGUGCUGUGUACAGAGGGUCUGUCAGGGCGCUGUUACUGGGAGGUAGAGUGGAGUGGGAGAGGAGCUCAUAUCGGUGUGACGUAUAAAGGAAUCAAUAGGUCAGGAAGGGGUGAUGACAGUGGGCUUGGACCUAGUGACAAAACCUGGUGUCUGGUCUGUUGUGAUGACCAUUACAUGGCCUGGAUCAAUAGUAAACUCACUACCAUACCUUCCCCCUCCUCCUCCCCCCCGUCCAACAGAGUAGGACUGUAUCUGGACUGGCCGGCCGGCACGAUGUCUUUCUACAAGGUCUGUUCUGAUACACUGACUCACCUGCACACGUUCUACACCACAUUUACCGAGCCCCUCUACCCAGGGCUGUUUGUUUGGUGUCACUCCUCAGUGUCCCUGUGUCAGGUGGUGGCCCCUGUGUCAGAAACACAACGUCAUGUUUCCCUCUAAUCACGGUCCUGUUCGGCAGUAGGAGACGCCGUGUAUCACACCACCCGGGCCUUAUUGCUUAAUUAGAAAACGGCUCCCUGGGAAAUCUGCGGUUUGACUGGUUUAAAUGGUGUGUUGUCAUUGAUAAUUCCCCUAUUCCCACACAUCAUUUAGAUGUAGUAUCAGUUGUAAAAUAGAUAGUAUUGAUUCUAGAUUGUCAUAUUGGCCAUUCAAUCCUGUCUUGGCCAUAUUACCACAAACCCCCUAAAGGUGCCUUAUUGCUAUUAUAAACAGGUUACUAAUGUAAUUAGAGCAGUAAAAAUACAUGUUUUUGUCAUACCACGGCUGUCAGCCAAUCAGCAUUCAGGGCUCCAGCCACCCGGUUUAUAAUGUCUGAUAUAUCACGGCUGUCAGCCAAUCAGCAUUCAGGGCUCCAACCACCCAGUUUAUAAUGUCUGAUAUGCCACGGCUGUCAGCCAAUCAGCAUUCAGGGCUCCAACCACCCAGUUUAUAAUGUCUGAUAUAUCACGGCUGUCAGCCAAUCAGCAUUCAGGGCUCCAACCACCCGGUUUAUUACCCUUUUAUUAUACAAUUCUGCUUCUGUGUGAACUCAAUUACACAGAAUGGAAAUGACACAUCACAGAUUUGACCUGUGUGAAAUGAAGACGAUGGAAUAAAGAGUUGGUAUUUGUUUAAAUGGUAUUUGAAUAAAUUCAAUAAAACUGAA